GUAAGAACACGCUCAGCUGCUAUACCAACUAAAUCCCCGACUAAAUGCCUUCUCUCUUCUCUCGCUGGCGUUCAUUUGGAUCAGUCUGUGAAUGGUUUCGGCCGAGGGUGUUUGUGUUUUUGGUUGAGUAUAGAACAUAUCCACGCGCCGCUUUGUCAGUCAGUGCUUCUGCGUUAAUACCCAUCAAGUUGGUAUCGGUCGGAAGAACAAUGACCCUACGGUUGGACGAGAACAAGCUGCCCUACAUCGAUCUGGGGAAGGACGUUCAGCUGCGAUUGGAUUUCACCGAGUACAGUGAUAAGAAAUCGUUGGAUAAGGCCCAGGACGAGCUACGGGAGACGCCAGAGGUCGUCGAAAGUGCACUUAGGGAGCUACGAGUUCCUCUAUCAGCUGACAAAGACAUCAAGGUGCCAAUCGAAGAUGAUGCGUUUCUCAAGAAGUUUCUACGCCCCAGAAAAUAUUAUCCGGAAAGUGCCUACGAACUGCUCAAAAGCUACCAUAAGAUGAAGACCAAGAAGGACUUUGUGUUGGACAACAUUACAACCGAUGCCAUCCGGAUAGCUUUGGAAGAACGAGUAGUACAGCUGCUUCCAAACCGUGAUGCACAGGGACGAAGAAUGAUUUUCCUGGAGAUGGGAGGCAAAUGGAACUGUUCCAAAGUCCCGUUUACGGAAAUGAUUCGUGCAACCCACGCCCUACUCACAAUUGCCUCGCUGGAGCCACUUACCCAACUGAACGGCCUGAUCUACAUAGUAAAUUUUGACAAAAUGAAACUAUCGCAGUUGGGUCAGUUCUCGCCAAAGUUCGUCAAGCACAGCCUGGACUACGGGCAGAAGAGUGCAUCGAUGCGGGUGAAAGCCAUUCACAUCAUCAACAAUGCGAAGGUGUUCGAUAUGCUGUUCAUGAUUUUUAAGCCUUUCAUCGGGAAGAAGUGGAGUCAGCGGAUAUUCUUCCAUGGCAACAAUAUGGGAUCGUUGCACAAACAUGUUGAUCAGGCAUGUUUGCCGACAUCCUUGGAAGGCAGCUGUGAAUAUCCCGAGAUGGACGGAAAGGUUCUUGUGGAGUUUCUGGAGCAUUACCAGGAUAAAUAUGAUGCUCUUAACUCUUAUGGAUAUUUUGACAAAACUAAAGAAGCAGAAUCACAACCCAGCGACUGACCUCCUAAACUAGGGUUCCUAAUCUAUAAUAAGCUUGAUAUUAUGGGUCGGACUACCGGAGUCCUAAGUAUUCAAACAAAGGGAAUAUAUUGGAUCACGUUGGUGUGAUGAUUUUACGAUACUUUGGUAUUGAUUUAAGUUAUUGAACAAUUAUUUUUCGAAAGAGUAUGGUCAAGGGCAUCGAAAAAUAAAGGAAUCUGGUCAAAACUUAGUGGUU